AGGAUGCCAGCCCCCAUCAGACUGCGGGAGUUGAUCCGGACCAUCCGGACAGCAAGAACCCAGGCAGAAGAGCGUGAGAUGAUCCAAAAGGAAUGUGCCGCUAUCCGGUCAUCCUUCCGAGAGGAAGAUAACACAUACCGAUGCAGAAAUGUGGCAAAGCUGCUGUAUAUGCACAUGCUGGGAUACCCUGCACAUUUUGGACAGUUGGAGUGCCUCAAGCUCAUUGCCUCUCAGAAAUUCACAGACAAGCGCAUUGGGUAUUUAGGUGCCAUGUUGCUGCUGGAUGAGAGACAGGAUGUCCAUCUUCUUAUGACCAAUUGCAUCAAGAAUGACCUUAAUCACAGCACGCAAUAUGUGCAGGGGCUGGCACUCUGCACUCUUGGCUGCAUGGGCUCCUCAGAAAUGUGCAGAGACCUUGCAGGAGAGGUGGAAAAGCUCCUCAAAACUUCCAACUCCUAUCUUAGGAAGAAGGCAGCAUUGUGUGCUGUUCAUGUCAUUAGAAAGGUGCCUGAACUCAUGGAGAUGUUCCUGCCAGCCACGAAAAACUUGCUGAAUGAGAAGAACCAUGGUGUUCUUCACACAUCAGUUGUCCUCCUCACAGAGAUGUGUGAGAGAAGCCCAGACAUGCUUGCACACUUUAGAAAGCUUGUUCCCCAAUUAGUUCGUAUUCUGAAGAACCUUAUCAUGUCUGGAUAUUCACCAGAGCAUGAUGUGUCUGGGAUCAGUGACCCCUUUUUGCAGGUACGAAUCCUGCGGUUACUAAGAAUUUUAGGGCGAAAUGAUGAUGAUUCUAGUGAAGCAAUGAAUGAUAUACUUGCACAGGUUGCCACUAAUACAGAAACAAGUAAAAAUGUGGGAAAUGCCAUUCUCUAUGAAACUGUGCUGACGAUUAUGGACAUAAAAUCUGAGAGUGGACUGAGAGUGUUAGCCAUUAACAUCCUUGGCCGUUUCUUAUUAAACAAUGACAAAAAUAUUAGAUAUGUAGCUUUGACAUCAUUGUUGAAAACUGUGCAGACAGACCAUAAUGCAGUACAGCGGCACAGAAGCACAAUUGUGGACUGCCUGAAGGAUCUGGAUGUCUCCAUUAAAAGGCGUGCAAUGGAACUGAGUUUUGCUCUUGUUAAUGGGAACAAUGUCCGUGGAAUGAUGAAGGAGUUGCUGUAUUUCCUAGAUUCCUGUGAACCAGAGUUCAAGGCAGACUGUGCAUCUGGAAUAUUUCUUGCAGCUGAAAAAUAUGCUCCUUCCAAACGUUGGCACAUAGACACAAUUAUGAGAGUCUUAACAACGGCAGGAAGUUAUGUUCGUGAUGAUGCUGUUCCCAAUCUGAUUCAGCUAAUAACUAAUAGUGUGGAGAUGCAUGCCUAUACUGUGCAGAGACUCUACAAAGCCAUCCUUGGUGAUUACUCCCAGCAGCCCUUGGUGCAAGUGGCCUCUUGGUGCAUAGGAGAGUAUGGAGAUCUUCUGGUGUCUGGUCAGUGUGAAGAGGAGGAACCGAUACAGGUAACAGAGGAUGAAGUUCUUGAUAUUUUAGAAAGUGUCCUGAUAUCAAAUAUGUCUGCAUCUGUUACACGAGGCUAUGCUCUCACUGCCAUCAUGAAGCUUUCCACAAGGUUCACCUGCACAGUCAAUCGCAUUAAGAAGGUAGUUUCCAUUUAUGGCAGCAGCAUUGAUGUGGAGCUACAGCAGAGGGCAGUGGAAUAUAAUGCACUUUUCAAGAAAUAUGAUCACAUGAGGCCAGCCCUGCUUGAGAGAAUGCCAGUAAUGGAGAAAAUCACCACAAAUGGCCCAACUGAGAUUGUACAGACCAACGGAGAGACAGAGCCAGCAGUACUGGAAACCAAGCCUCCACCCUCUGGAUUGCAGCCUGCUAGCCAGGCAAAUGAUUUGUUGGACUUGCUGGGGGGAAGUGAUAUAACACCUGUAAUCCCCACUGCACCUACAAGCAAGCCAGCCUCUGCUGGUGGGGAGCUCCUUGAUCUCCUGGGAGACCUCAACCUGACAGGUGAGCAGGCUGCAUCUCUUAAAAGUCUACAUUUUCAGUCCUGGGGUUCUCCUUUUGAUGGACUUUCAUCGCAGCCUCUCUUCAACGAUAUUGCUGCAGGAAUCCCCUCAAUUACUGCAUACAACAAGAAUGGGCUGAAGAUUGACUUCACCUUUGAGAGGUCAAACACCAACCCUAGUGUCACUGUAAUCACGAUACAGGCCUCCAACAGCACAGAGCUGGAGAUGACAGAUUUUGUUUUCCAAGCUGCAGUACCAAAGACAUUCCAGCUGCAGCUCCUGUCUCCCAGCAGCAGUGUCAUCCCUGCAUUUAACUCGGGGACCAUCACACAGGUCAUUAAAGUCCUGAAUCCACAGAAGCAACAACUACGUAUGCGGAUCAAGUUGACAUAUAAUCACAAGGGCUCAGCAAUGCAGGAUCUAGCAGAAGUCAACAACUUCCCCCCUCAGUCUUGGCAGUGAGGCUCUGGCACCAUUCUUAUUCUCACCCCACCCAAUCAAAAGAACUCUGGGAAGAAGGUUGUGAUCCUUGGCAAUCCCCCAAACUGCACCAUGGGCAUGGGGAACAGAUGAGACCUGCUGAUGAGGAGGAAUUUUCCUGAAGUGAUUGCUGACUUUGAAGCAUAUCUGUUAAGACUAAUCUCCUCUCCUCCGCUGAUGAGGCUGGCGGCUUGUGGAGGCUACUGUGCACUCCCUCACACAUGCAUUCACAGCCAGAAGCAACAUUCCCUUCCCUCCUCCCCUCCCCCUUGCCCUCCCUGCAAAGAAACACAGCCUGGUUGGAAGAGAAGUCUGGAAUUUCUAGCAGGGAAACUUCUCUCUGCAGCAAGUGAGCAGCUUCCCCUUCUUUCUGCUGUCUCUUUCCCCUGGGGUGGGCAAGGCGUGUUGUCAUUCAUUACUAGCUGGAUUCCUUCAGGCACUUUCAUAUGGGGCUCAGACUGGGGACUUGUGGAAUGUCAGGCUGCCCUGCCUCUUUCUUCUUGUAUCCCCUACGUCUGAAGGGGCUGGAGGCUUCUUAUGGCCUAUUCAGUGCAUUAUUGUAUACACCCACCUCUUAGUUAUGUGAUACAUGCCAAGAGCAAGCUAGGUCUUGGGAGUUCGUCUGCAAACCUGGGACAGUGCAGGAAAAGAGGUGCUGGUGAGAGCUAAUAAAAUUGCUUUGGUGCUGUACUUGGAAAUGAAGACCUUACACUUGAAUUUUCUUUCUUUCCAUCAAUAGCCACAGCCAUGCCGAUUCACAGGCAGUCUUCUGUACCUUCCCCAGAAAGUGUGGUGAUGUAUGAGAGAUGUAGAGAUCCAAGGAGCAGCUGGUUUUCUACCACAGACGGUUUCAAAGCCUUUUAACCCAUUAGUUGUGGCUUAUGGGUAGAAAAGACAUAUUUAAUUUUGUAGAUCAGUCUUUGAGGGUUCUGUUCCUACUGGGAGACUCAUCAGAGACUAUGCUGCAAAGUAGCUCUUCACAGUUAUUCCAGACCUCCUCCCCAGUUUAAUUUCCAGAGCCUACAUUAGACCCCCUGGAUUCUAUUUGAGUUACUUCUGACUGGGAUAUUUGUGUUGUAUCUGUAAUAUUGGCACUGAAAUAAAGACCAUGCAGUUUAAAGACACCUCUUCCCAUUUUGUUACUUAAUUGAUCCUUGUAGUUUGCUUCUUGCUCCCCUGUCAGAGGAAUGUGCUAGUUCAAGUUCAGACUGAAAGCGACUAAGCCAUUUUUUGAAUGGAAGCCAGUCAUUUUGAGUAUUUGGAUCCAAAGACGUGAGGUCCGCUACCUGUGUAAGCUUACAGAAGCUGUGUUCGGGUGUGCUUCCUAGUGUGAACUGUUGUUGAGGUAGAGUUCUGUGAAUUCUCACGGAGGCGAUGCAUAGGACAUAAAGCACCAGUGUGACAAAACUAUUCAGGUGUUCAGCGCUCUUCAGCGAGGAAGAGGGGAGGAUGUAUCUUAGAUCUUCACCCGUGAGCGUGCUGGUAAGCUGAAGGUACUCCAGCUUCCAACCCAGAGCUUUCUCAAAAGAAACGGGUGGCACAUCUGCUUUAUUUCUGUAGGGCUUUCUGGACAGCAAUCAUUCAGUGCUCCGAUGGCAAGCUUAGAUACAGCUUUUUGCAUCUGCAAAAGUGCUUACGCUAGGCUCCAGUCCUUGCCAAAACACUGCAAGAGUGGUGCACAGUGUACUUAGGGAAAAUUUAAGACCUAUUUUGCCCUUGAAUCGGUUGUUCAGUCUGCUUUGGGUUUAUCUGCAUUAAGUAAUAGAAUGUAGGACUGUCACUGACUUAAGUGCUGGUCUCUGUAGUGGAAGAAGUUUAGCUUCUUUUGGAGGGCAUUUUUGCUGCCUUAUUGAUUAAACAGGUUUGGGCCUUUGGAUUAGCAAAGAGCUUUAUUACUGUACUGGAACUGGCAUCAGCAUGGGGUUAUAAAAUCUAGAAGAAUGACGUAUGAUUUCCUUAAAAGUAAUUCUGGGUUGUGGCGGCCAUGCCUUGGCUACCAGUGGUGAGGCAGAUACUGCGCUUCGACUGGAAGUAUCGUGAAGCAGGCAGUCUUGCAGAAAAUGGCUGAGUCAAAGUCCAUUUGUAGGUGCUGAGUAUUUACCUUUGUUGUUUCCACUGCAGUUGUGAGCGUUCACCACCCUGCCAUCUCAAACUCUGUAGUGUUGAAGGCUGAGCACGUUCAAUCCAGACUCCAGUGAGCUCUGAGGGUGUCCCAGAUACGAAGCUAAUGGAAAGUCUUUGCUUUGGUUCCUGAACGUCCCACAAGGUCUCCCAUUCUCCUCACAGAAUUGUACAUGGUCACUUGUACUGAAAGCUGGCACGCCUCCAUCUCCGUUUGUUUUUGCCGAGGAAGAGCACUGGUGCAGGAGAUGAGAUGGGGAGACAGAAUUAAAUGGUCGCUUACCUGGCCAGUUUGUUGCAGCAUAGUGGGGAACAGCUUAUCUUGUCCCUCUUGUUGCGCUUGUUUUCUGUCCCCUAGAGCAGCUGGGUUUUAUUGUUGGUCUCCAUCUGGUAAGCUUGUAGGGUAAGCUUGGCUCCUUCAGCCACCCGUGCGCAGGUUGUGUGUUCUGGGAAUUAGUCACGUUGUCCUGUAUUUCUGAGUCAAGAUGAAGGAGGUGAUGCACGUACCGGAAAUGCAUUUUGCUUGAAGCCAUCCCUUGGGCUUGAAGCCAUCCCUUGGCUGUGGAGUACUCCUUUGUAGCAGCCGAGCAUUCCUGUUGU